AACGUGAAAAUUUUGGAAACUCACUCACACACACACACACACACUGACACACACACACUGUCUCUCUCUCUCUCUGCUUAUCCAUCCUCUCCUCCUUCCCUGUCCCUGAAGGAGCAGAGUGAAGCAGCAGCAGAGCAUUUCUAAUCCAAAACGACGUCGUCUUCGAAUGGUGUGACAAAUAAGCACCUUCUUCUUCUCUCUCUACAGUAGCAAGCAAGCAUCAGCUUCAGCUCCACUUCAAUGGCUAUGAGUAGUUUGAUUUCCAACCGCAACUUCCUUGCCUCAGGAAAUGUAUGUAGAUCAGGAAAGGAUCUAUCACUUCAAACAGGGGGGAUUUCUGUUUCUGGUGUAUCUGCUACCCGAUACAGUGGCUGGAUUACAAAGGAUCCUAUCUCGAGGUGCCAGCAUGCAGUGAAUUAUCAAACUAAUUCACUUUUGGUAGAGAGAGUUUCAAAACUAAAGGCCUGCAGAAGAAGUGAAUCGUACCCUUUUCCAGCUCCCUAUUGCGGUAGUAAUGUUGAAUGUAGGGAAGUAUAUGGACUUGGUUUGGGCAGAAGAAAGCGGCCACUGCCUGAGGUUGGCAAAGCGAAUAAGUUCCGGGCUUGUUACAAGUCUGAUGAGUAUGAAAAUGCCGAAACAAAUAUGGAUCCACUACAAUCAGCUGAAGGGACUGGUGAAGCCAUUCUUCUGCAAGGAGAUCUGCAACAAUCAUCUCCUCGGAAGCAGCAGUUUCCGAAGCGUUGGGUUAUUGUACUGCUAUGUUUUUUUGCAUUUCUUCUGUGUAACAUGGAUCGCGUAAACAUGAGCAUAGCUAUACUUCCAAUGUCUCAAGAGUUCAACUGGAACAGUGCAACAGUUGGCCUAAUUCAGUCAUCUUUUUUCUGGGGAUAUCUACUUACUCAGAUACUUGGUGGCAUAUGGGCAGACAAACUUGGUGGAAAGGUAGUACUGGGUUUUGGAGUUAUCUGGUGGUCAAUUGCAACGGUUUUUACUCCUAUUGCUGCAAGGCUUGGGCUUCCAUGUCUGCUUAUUAUGCGUGCCUUCAUGGGAAUUGGCGAGGGUGUUGCCAUGCCUGCAAUGAACAAUUUACUUUCCAAGUGGAUUCCAGUAUCAGAGAGAAGCAGAUCACUUGCACUAGUAUAUAGUGGCAUGUACCUUGGUUCUGUGACAGGCUUGGCAGUCUCACCUUUUCUAAUCCAGAAAUUUGGGUGGCCGUCAGUGUUUUACUCAUUUGGAUCCCUUGGUAGUAUCUGGUUUGCCGUAUGGUUGAGCAAAGCAUACAGCUCACCAAAUGACGACCCAGAUGUUGGGGAAGAAGAGAAAAGGCUCAUACUUGGAGGCAGUGUUUCAAAAGAACCUGUGACAGUUAUUCCUUGGAAAUUAAUUUUAUCAAAACCACCUGUUUGGGCUUUAAUUGUCUCUCACUUCUGCCACAACUGGGGCACAUUUAUCCUAUUAACCUGGAUGCCUACGUACUACAAUCAGGUUCUGAAAUUCAACCUCACUGAAUCUGGCCUCUUGUGCGUCUUGCCAUGGUUAACCAUGGCUGCUUUUGCAAACAUAGGAGGCUGGAUUGCUGACACACUUGUUAGUAAAGGAUUUUCUAUAACAGCUGUUCGAAAGAUCAUGCAGUCAAUCGGAUUUCUGGGUCCUGCGUUUUUUCUUACACAGCUAAGCCAUGUCAAAACACCCGCCAUGGCAAUACUGUGCAUGGCUUGCAGUCAGGGAUCUGAUGCAUUUUCGCAAUCUGGUUUAUAUUCCAAUCACCAAGACAUUGGACCACGCUAUGCUGGAGUAUUGUUGGGACUGUCAAAUACUGCUGGAGUGCUUGCUGGUGUUUUUGGUACUGCUGCGACUGGAUACAUACUCCAACGAGGUUCCUGGAAUGAUGUGUUUAAGGUUGCUGUUGUACUGUACAUAAUAGGCACAUUAGUCUGGAAUAUCUUUUCAACUGGUGAGAAAAUUCUUGACUGAAGGAUGUAAUGUCAGUCAAGGAAGGUGCAGACUACAUAAGCCACAGAGAUUACAGGGUAAAAAAGAUGGAACAAAAAUCCGAUGACCAAACUUGGAAGCGUAAAAGCACCCUGCCAAAAUAGAAAAGAGUCACCAUCAAAGUUUUCAAUCAAAAUAGCUAGGCCUUUAUUUUUCCUUUUCCAUAAAUUUUUUGCUAAUGCCUUAUCAUAUGAUUUAAAUGCUUUGUCUAUAGAUAAGUAGGUGGGUAGUUUCCACCAAUGUAACUUAAAAGCAUAUUUAAUACCAUACAUGCUAUUUGACUAAUUCUUUUGGUUCAA